GCUGUCGUGUACUUUGGCGGGAAAACUUUUGAAAUGCGGAUGUUCAGUGUGAUGAUGACAUGAGAUUUGUUUGUCUGUUUGUGUUUGUGUUUGCCCCUGCCCUCGCUCACCAUGUGCGUGUGCGCGCGCGCGUGUGUGUUUGUGCGUUGGCACAUCAUGUCAUGUCACUCACCCGGUCUUCUCUCUUCCCCUCUCCCUGUAUGUUUCGGUUCUGUUGCAUCCACUGCCUUUGCAUUGACCUAUUGACUACGACCACCACUGCGACGACGGUUGUUCUUGGUUGUGUUGCUGCGCGUUGCUGGUGCGAUCAGGUUCACUGCCACCACACACGGCGUCUGUGACGCAGGCGUGUACCGCCAGCACGACGCGCUUUUGCUUGUUGUUCUUUGCUUCCAUUGCUGAUUGAGCAGCAUGGCCACGGUUGCGAGGUCAGAAGAAGGCGUGCCGGCAGCAGCGACGCCACCUCGCACACCAGGGCGACCAACUUCAGCUUGGCCAGCCUUGAAGCACCGCAUCACCAAACUUGCCCAACAGGCCUCGAACACCAACUGUGCGCUUGAAUCACAGCGUCGGCGCCUCUUCGAUACCCACCAAGACCUGCGCCAACAGCAAGAAGCAAACACAGAGCUUCGACAGCGGGUCGCACAGCUCGAGUACGCCCUGCAGUCUCGCGAACACCAGCACGAGGUGCAACUGGAAGAAUACAGACAGGAGCUGGCGCACACUCAGCUGCAACAUGAAGGCAUCGUGCAAUGCCUCGGCAAGAAGCUGGAGGAUGCCAUCGCUUCUGCCACGCAGCUCGAAGCGCAACAGGUUGUCUGGGAGGAAGCUCAAGCACAGCAACAGCAACAAACGCAGCGCAUGGCGACGCAACUGGAGGCGUCUGUCACGGCGAGGGCGGAGGCGCGCGAUGAGUUCAUGCGGGUGAAGAGCGACCUUGAACAUGUCCACCAGCAGCUCGAGGCCCUCACGGCCGUCAAAGAUCAAUUGCUCGAUGACGACACUCGGCUCGGGGACGCUCUUGCCGAGUUGCAGCACCGCUGGAAACAGCAGCGUCUGCAGCAGAAACAGCAGCAAGACACAACGACCUCAAAUGAUGCCACAGGCACCUCCAAACCGCCGCAACCGCCCACAGAUUCGCUCAAGCUUCUCCAGCAUGAGCUUGAGGAACGAACGCAAGAGCUGCAAGAAGCGCAGGAGAAACUGCACUCUGCUCAGCAGCAACUGGACUACAGCAACAGCGCCAUGCAGCAGUGGAUUCAAGAGCAAGAGUCGUUUUUCAGGGAGAAGGAGCACACGUUGCACCGUCAGGCUGAGCUUGAGGAGGAAAGCGACACUCUCAAGCAGACAAUCAACCAGCUCAAAGCCGAAGUGGCCCAAUCAGCGGUGAGUGUGUCCGCAUUGGAGGAGGAGCUCGCGCGUGUGCGAGAGGUGGAAGCUGCAUCCCGCGAACAGGCGAAGCAGGAGCUGGCACAGCGCCAACAGGAGGCCGCAGCUUACACGGCAGAAUGCGAGGAGCUACGCAGCCAACUCGCAGUGCUGGAAAACACCUUGGCUGAGCAGCGUGCGCUGGCAUCACACGAAACACAGGAGGCGAAACGACGCCUACAGCAAGCGCAAGAACAAACAACAAACGUGGAGGAACUCGAAUCCAUCAUCUCCGACUUGUCCACCGCGCUCAAGGAGAAGCACAUCAGGGUACAGCAGCUGGAAGGAAAACUGGCGCGUGUCUCCUGUACAGAGGCGCUGCAGCAACAACUACAUGACGAGGUUGCCUCCAAGGACGCACACGUGAAGGAACUACACGAGCAGCUGCACCAGCUCAAGUUUGAGUUCAGGUCUUGCAGAUCAAAGCUAAAAGCAAAGGAGGAGGCGGUGGGCCGACUGCUGCGCCGCUGCGAGCGCCUGGAACAGAAACUGCAAUCGAACCAUGCCGAAUGGAAGGCCAAAUAUGAGGAGGUCGUGCAGCGGGCAAUCAAUGCUGAAGGACUGCUGCGCUUCAAGGAACAAGCGGAGGCCGAAGUUCGCAACCAGGAAACGUCAGCAAUCCCAGCGUUUCCGAGCAAGCCGCCGCCGUCAUCAUCCAAGGGCCAACAGCAGCACACGCCAAUGGCCCGCUCGAGAAAAGGGCGCCCGCGUGUGCGCGCAGCCAUGAAGAAGGUGCGCAAGACGCUGCUUCGCGAUGUGGACGGAGCCAGGGUCCACGAGCCAAACCACCCGCAUGCUAGUGACCGCGAAGAUGUGCCCGCCGAUGCAGGCACGUCGUUGGAGAGCGGAGAAAAAGCAACAGUGGAAAAGGAGAAGGAGCAGUCAGCAGCAGCAGACACAACAACAACUGCGGCGGCAGCAGACACAACAGAAGCAGCACAGGCAGCAACAUCCGGUGCAGAAGCAGUCACAGCAGGUGAAGGGGACAAAGGCAACCCGUCACCGAAGAGAAGGAAGACAGUUGAAUUGCCGCCACGAGAAAAUGGCAGCAAUAACCAAGAGGCAAAGUCGCCCACGAUUGGGCAAGGCCAGCAGCAACGCUCCUGUCAUCAAGCACAGCAAGAACUGCACGAGAGCAGCUGGUCAGUGGUUGUUGAGGAGGAUGACAUCAGCAGCAAAGAAGGCCUCCGAUCCAUCCUCAAGCAGUCAUGCAACAACAGCAACAAUCGCGGUCAUAGCGAUGACAGCUCCAAGCGCGUCUCGUUUGCUCGCACGCGUGGGGUGACACCGUUCUCCGCGCACAUGUCGCCGUCAACCGUGCGUGGUACCUCCGAAACCCGAGAACAACUCAGCGGCGUCAGCCACGCCAGCGCCACCAGUACGUCUGCUGAUAGCAACAGCACCAGCAGCACUGGUAGCGCCAGCAGCAGUCUGCGUGAAGCGGUGCCCGCUGUUAAAUCCACAACGACCCGAGGACAGCCACCACACACGCACGCGACACGUAGCAACACCACCACAGGUGGUGCCUCAGAAACGGGCACAGCUCUGCAAGAAGAUACACGCGCUGGUCCCGACACAAGCAGCAAGACGAGUAGGAUGCAGGAGCGUCACAGUGGCGACGAGAGCAUUGGAGGGCGGCAAGAAGAAGCUGAAGACAUCCGAGAACAGCAAUUGUACGGAGCUGAAAAUGAGCGACAGGAGUCGAAGGCACUUGAAGCAAACAGCCAAGGCGUGGAAGGUGAACAACAGCAACAGCAGCAACAGAACCAGCAACGUCGAGAGCAAGAAAGUUCCCGUGCCACACCUCGAGAAACGAAAAGUUGCAGGAACCCUGAGAUGCGGGACGAUCAUGCAGCGCUGGACGAGGAGAUGAAGGAUAUGGAGAAGAAGAAGGUGAAAACACAGAAGAACAGCAAGCAGUCGCCAGAAGCUGUGCAGGGAACGCAGCAGUUGCCACCUGAUCGUCAUCGGCAGGAUGACAGCAAGCGGGAGUGUGCAGCCCGGGGAGGAGUGCGCCUACAGACGAGCGAUGGCGAGAAGCAUCUGCUCGAGCCGUGGGAUGUUGAUAAGAUUGAGCCCGCGGGGGACAAAAGCAGUGACGCUGAGGAUGACGCAAUACACGAAGAUGUGCCUUCACCACAAGAACGCGCCAUGGAAGAUCAAGAGAAUCAGAAUAACUUGGAAGCAAGCAUUCAGAUCAUCCAUUUUGCAGAGAGUAAGAGACUCCGCAACUACCUUCGCCGGCGCUUCCCGGAGUGCAUCCCUGCUGACGGCACCACAGACUUUUCGUUCAGGGAGUUCUUUGUGAGCAUGCAGGGCGCAGAGAGAACGAUGCUCCAGCAUCUGCAGACACGCGCGGGUCAGCACGACGGAGCUGUCACACCAGCCAUCAUGGAGAGCAGUGUGGCCGACAGCAGUGCACAACAGGCGGAGUGA